AACACAUUUGUACGUGUAAUGAUCAAGAGCCAUCGACCUCCGGUAAUCAUCUUUGAAUAUCUGUCUUUUAAGAGUGAGGUUCUCACAAAAUACACGCCCUCUGGUUAUUUCCUUUUUUGGUCGGUGGCUGACUGAUUUCCCCCCUUUCCGGUUUAUAUCGAUCUUCCCCUUCUUUACAAAUCACCAAUCAUUUCUUAACCAGUUCAUCUCACUUUCCAGAACAUUGCCAAGAGAAGAUCAAUGGUAAAAGACACUGCAUAUUAUGAUAUAUUGGGUAUCAAUGUUGAUGCAUCCACAGCAGAAAUCAAGAAGGCUUAUUACCUCAAAGCAAGGAUAGUUCACCCCGAUAAAAAUCACGGAGAUCCAAAAGCUGACGAAAAUUUUCAGGCACUUGGUGAGGCUUAUCAGGUUCUAAGUGAUCCUGAAAAGCGUGAAGCGUAUGACAAGCAUGGGAAAGCAGGAGUACAACCGGACUCCAUGUUGGAUCCUUCAGCUGUUUUUGGGAUGCUUUUUGGAAGUGAAUUCUUUGAAGAAUACGUUGGCCAACUAGCUCUGGCUUCUUUGUCAUCUGUUGAAUUAGAAGAUGAUUCACUAGAUAAGGAAGCUCGUAUGCAGAAAAUUCAUGAAAAGAUGAACGCAUCUCAGAAAGAAAGGGAAGAAAAGCUUAUCACAAUACUGAAAAAUCGCCUUGAGCCAUUCGUUGAUGGUCAAACUGAUGAGUUCAUUAAUUGGGCAAAUUCAGAAGCAAGUCGGCUUUCAAAAGCUGCUUUUGGUGAGGCUAUGCUACAUACCAUUGGAUACAUUUACACGAGGAAAGCUGCGAGGGAACUCGGAAAAGACAGGCGUUUUAUGAGGGUACCCUUUUUAGCAGAAUGGGUGCGAGAUAAAGGGCACCGUAUAAAAUCACAAGUAAUGGCAGCUUCAGGUGCUGUUAGUUUGAUUCAAAUACAAGAUGAGCUGAAGAAAGUGAACCUAGGAGAAAACAAAGAAGAGAACAUAUUGAAAACCCUUGAAGAUAAGAAGGAUGCCAUGCUUCAAUACCUUUGGCAGAUCAAUGUGGUUGAUAUUGAGUCAACCUUAUCUCACGUCUGCUUAGCAGUACUCAAAGACCCUAGUGUUUCGAAGGAUGUUCUAGUUUUACGGGCAAAAGGAUUGAGAAAACUUGGAGCAAUUUUUCAAGUAAGCGUGUCUUUCCCUUCCACAAAUUAAUGAACCAUAGUCAUUCCAAACAGUCUUGUAAUUCAGCUUGAUUUCGAGUUUUGUUUCAAAUGGCAUAUGUUACAGGGGGAGGGGCACUUUUCAUUUAUGUUUUUUGGUUCAUACUGAAAAGAAUUUAUCUUCCAUUUUCAAUUUCUCAGGGAGCAAAAGGUGCUUACAGUAGAGAAAACAGUUUGCGCCAUGAAAAUGACAAAGCGAUAAGUGUUGGUACCUCGUCAUAGUUGUCUUGAUACUCGAUGGAUGUCCACUUCAUUAUUAAUGUAUGUGGUGUGUCAGAAGUAGUUGGGUUUUAUUCUUGUCCAAUUUGUCGAAUUUUCGAAAGUAAGUUCAUUAUUGAUGGUAUUGAUUCAACAGCAUAUUGAAUUUCAGACAAGAAUUAAGGUAGGAAUCUUCGUGUAUUCAUCACUGCAGGAUUAGUUUUAUUGUUGUAGUAGACUGUAUAUGCUGAUGGUGAUUUAACCUACAUCUAUGAAGCAUUUGGAAAUUAAAGCAGCCAGUAAGUUUUUCUGUGACAAAAGCAUUUUAAAUAAACUCUUGCAACUUCUAUUUGCUGAUCAACUUCAUAAUAUAAACUUGCUCAGUUUUGUGUUACAAAAGCAUACUAGGAACAUUUGAUGUUCUCUCAAUUUCAUGUUCUUGGGAGGAUAUUUUUGCACUUUCCCUUUGAUGCUCAGGCACAAGUUGCCCCUAAAAAGGCAUAUAUACACAUCCAUAGGUAAUGGCAAAGCUUAUCUCCAACGAGGUGGAAGAAUAAUUAUAUCGAA